AUGGAGAGCGAGCGCGACAUGUACCGCCAGUUCCAGGACUGGUGCCUGCGGACUUACGGGGACUCGGGCAAGACCAAGACGGUGACCCGCAAGAAAUACGAGCGCAUCGUGCAGCUCCUCCACGGCGCCGAGUCCAGCUCCACGGACAACGCGAAAUUUAAAUUCUGGGUCAAGUCCAAGGGCUUCCAGCUGGGCCAGCCCCCCGAGGAGGUCCGCGCGGGCGGCGGCGGCGCCAAGCCGGUGCUCUACGUGCCGGUCAAGACCACGGAUGGCGUAGGGGUGGACGAGAAGCUGUCCCUGCGGCGGGUGGCCGUGGUGGAAGAUUUCUUCGACAUCAUCUACUCCAUGCAUGUGGAGACGGGGCCCAAUGGGGAGCAGAUUCGGAAGCACGCUGGGCAGAAGAGGACGUACAAAGCAAUCUCAGAGAGCUACGCCUUCCUACCCAGAGAGGCUGUGACACGGUUCCUCAUGAGCUGCUCCGAGUGCCAGAAAAGGAUGCACUUAAACCCUGACGGAGCCGAUCACAAAGACAAUGGGAAGCCUCCCACGUUGGUGACCAGCAUGAUUGACUACAACAUGCCCAUCACCAUGGCCUACAUGAAGCACAUGAAACUACAGCUGCUCAGCUCACAGCAAGACGAGGAUGAAAGCUCAAUAGAAAGUGACGAAUUUGACAUGAGCGAUUCCACGCGGAUGUCAGCCGUGAACUCUGAUCUCAGCUCCAAUCUCGAGGAAAGAGUGCAGAGUCCCCAGGCUCUUCAAGGCCAGCAGGACGAUGAUUCCGCUGCAGAGAGCUUUAAUGGCAAUGAGACUGUGGGGCAAAGUUCGAUUGCUUCAGGGGGAACGCACAGCAGGGAGAUGGGCGACUCCAGUGGGGAUGGCAAACCUGGGCUGGAGCAGGACCAGCAGCCACUGAACCUGAGCGACAGUCCCCUCUCAGCACAGCUCACUUCGGAGUACAGAACCGAGGACCACAGCAGUGAUGGAAAAAGCAAAUACAAGAAUCUUCUAAUUUCUGACCUCAAGAUGGAACGGGAGGCGAGAGAAAAUGGAAGCAAGUCCCCUGCACACAGCUACUCCAGCUACGACUCCAGCAAGCCCGAGGGCGGGGAGCGGGGGGCCGAGGACCUGUCCCUGCACCGGGGCGACGAGGAUGAGGAUGAACACGAGGACCACGACGACGCCGAGAAGGUGGCCGAGACGGACGGCAGCGUGGAGGCCGAGCGGCUGAAGGCUUUCAACAUGUUUGUCAGGCUGUUUGUAGAUGAAAACUUGGACCGAAUGGUCCCAAUCUCUAAGCAGCCCAAAGAAAAGAUCCAGGCUAUCAUUGACUCAUGCAGGCGACAAUUCCCUGAGUACCAAGAGCGUGCCCGAAAGCGCAUCCGUACUUACCUCAAGUCCUGCAGGCGGAUGAAAAGAAGUGGUUUUGAGAUGUCGCGACCUAUCCCUUCCCACCUUACCUCAGCAGUUGCAGAGAGCAUCCUGGCCUCGGCCUGUGAGAGUGAGAGCAGGAAUGCCGCCAAGAGGAUGCGCCUGGAGAAGCAGCAGGACAAGUCCGUUCCGGCUGACAAGCAGAGCAAACCCGAGGUGGCCCAGGCCACGCUCACAGCCUCCGCGGUCUCAGGCUCCCAGGAGGUGCUGUACAUCAAUGGCAACGGGACCUACAGUUACCAUAGCUACAGAGGCCUCGGAGGGGGGCUGCUGAGUCUGAGCGACGCUUCCAGUAGCGGGCCCACGGACCUGAGCAUGAAGAGGCAGCUGGCGCCCAGCUCCGGGUCCGCCAGCAGCGCCAGCUCCAGGCCGCAGCUGAGUCCCACCGAGAUCAACGCCGUGCGGCAGCUCGUGGCCGGGUAUCGGGAAUCGGCUGCGUUUUUAUUGCGUUCCGCAGACGAACUGGAAAACCUUAUUUUACAGCAGAACUGA